AACUUCUCUUCGACGGGACUAUAGCGCUCAUCUUAGUUCGGGCGUCGCCUUUCUUUCAGUUGCUGUAGGCCUCUCGUGAAUACUAGUCGUUACUCAGAUCAUCAGCAAAAUGGCGGAUAAGGAGAAGAAGGUUAAGAAGAAGAAGAAGGAGGGAGAGGCUUCCGCGUCUGAGACACCAACUGAAGCCCCAACCCCUGAGCCAGCCGCCACACCAGCCAAGACUGAGUCGACUCGGCAAUCGUCACGUGCUUCUGGUGGCUCCAAACGCCAAGCCAAACGCACUGGCUCCAAUGUCUUCUCCAUGUUCUCCCAGAAGCAGGUGGCCGAAUUCAAGGAAGGCUUCCAGCUCAUGGAUUGCGACAAGGAUGGUGUCAUUGGCAAGAACGAUCUGCGCGCCACAUUCGACUCCGUCGGCAAGCUUGUGUCUGAGAAGGAGCUGGAUGAGAUGCUCGGCGAAGCAUCCGGCCCCAUCAACUUCACACAGCUCCUCACCCUCUUUGCCAGCCGUAUGGCAUCCGCUGGUGCUUCCGAUGACGACGAUGUCGUUGUCAAUGCAUUCAAGACAUUCGAUGUCGAAGGCAAAAUCGAUGGUGACAAAUUGCGUACUGCCCUCAUGACAUGGGGUGACAGGUUCACCGCUGAUGAAGUUGAUGAUGCCUAUGACCAGAUGGUGAUUGACGACAAAGGAUUCAUUGAUACAGCCGCCCUCAUUGCCAUGCUCACUGGCAAGGAUGAGGAAGAAGAGGAGGCUUAAAGAACUUUCAUAAUAAGACAUUGACAGUAUCAUUGUUCAUCAUUUCCAUUUCAUCUGAUCAAAAAAAAAACUUACAAUCUCACUUCGACACCACCAACUUGUCGCGUGAACAUCAAAAUCAACCACACCAAAUCUUUGAGGAUGUACAUCAUGAACUAAAGAAAAAAAUCAAGAAAAAAAAGAUCUAAUGGCGUUAAUUAUUUUGAAUAAAAAGUAUAAAAAAUUAUGAGAACAACGCA